AUGAAUGAUGACGUGACACUUGAAACAACAUUUUUUGGAGAUGACCACAGUGAUUUACAAGAUGUUCAAAUAAAUGAGAUACAAUAUGAGACUGUUUUUUGGAAAGAUAUUAAAGUUGGUAAAUUUUUAUUGGUUAAUUUUAUAGGAGGGUAUAGAAAGAAAACACUUUUUAAAUAUGUGUGUCUUGUGCAAAGUGUGGAUGAUGAUGAUGGUGAUGUGAUAGUCCAAGGACUGAAACAAGAAGACUGUAUUGGAACACAGUUUUCAAUUAAUGAUGGUGAAAUGAGUACCUACUAUAACUGCCGAAAUGAUACAAGCAAUUCUGCCAGAUCUUAA